CGCGACCCCAAGUGGAGCAAGAUGGUGCAUCCCGUGUCGGGCCUCGAGAAGAUGGGCGCGACGGCGCGGAGCCGCGCGCUGCUGAAGAAGCGCGUGCGCAAGGGCGUGCCGCGCGCGUGGCGGACGACGACGUGGCCGCUGCUGCUGGAGGUCGCGUACGGGAGCGACCGGGCGCCGAACGAGGGGCCCGACCACUACCGGCGGGCGAGCUCCGAGGCCUACCCGGCCCUCGUGUCCCGGAGCAGCCAGGACCCCGUGGACCCCGAGUCCAUCUACGAGAUCAUCGAGCGCGACCUCACGCGGACGUACCCGCGGCACCCCAUGUUCGAGACCGCGCUCGUCGACGGCGGGCGGAGCGACCAGAGCGUCGAGAACAAGGGCGUGUCCAUGCUGCGCCGCGUGCUCUGCGCCUACGCGGCGCUCGACGAGGAGUGCGGCUACUGCCAGGGCAUGAACUACGUCGCCGCGCUCGCGCUCGUGCACCGCGACCUCGCGGGGUCCGCGGAGGAGGACUGCUUCUGGUUCCUCGUCGCGCUGCUCCGGAGCCGGCGGACGAGCCUCCGGGAGCUCUACCUGCCGGGCAUGGUCGGCGCGCAGCGCUGCCUCUUCGUCUACGGCGCCGUGCUCGCGCAGCUGGCGCCCAAGGUCGCCGCGCACAUGGCCAAGGAGGGCCUCGAGCCCAACAUGUACGCGACGCACUGGUUCGUCACCGUGUUUUCCGCGCAGUUCCCCUUCGCGCUCGUCGCGAGGGUCUGGGACGCGUUCCUCGCCGAGGGCUGGAAGCCCGUCUACCGCGUCGCCGUCGCGCUCCUGUCGACGAACGAGAAGGCCAUCCUGGCGAUGGACUUCGAGGGCCUCAUGAUGUGGCUCCGGACGCUGCCGGACACCGUCGACGCCGCCGCGGUGCUCAAGGCCGCGGGCCGCCUCCCCCUGACGACGGCCGGGGUCCGCAACCUCGAGGCGAAGUACGCCGAGGAGGAGGCGGCC